CAUCCUCAAUCUCCACGAAAUAGCUGCCAUAGAUGUCUGCUAACUGGUUAUUUUCCACUCCUUGUUCAAAACUGAACCACCACCUCUACUGUCGCCUCCGUAACCACCGCCUGUAUUUCUCACCGGCGAUCCUAUUUUCCGGCACCGGAAAACAAAUGGUCGCCACUAGCAGCAGCAGCAGCAGCAGCAGCAGUUCAAAUCCCAAUAGCAAUAAAGGUGCAUUUACAACAAUUAAAGAAAGGGCCACUUUUGAAAAAGAAAUAAAAAAGAGCAAAUUUAUUGCAAUUGCUGGCCAUAUUCCUGACGAGCGUUCUGCCCAAUCCUUCCUUUCAGAGGUAAAAGACCCUCGAGCUACUCAUAAUUGUUGGGCGUACAAGGUUGGAGAACAAUAUCGGAGUAAUGAUGAUGGCGAACCAUCCGGUACUGCUGGCAAGCCAAUACAUUCUGCAAUUGCAUCCUCAGGGUUGGAUAGAGUCAUGGUUGUUGUGAUAAGGUACUUUGGAGGAAUUAAGCUUGGCACUGGCGGUCUAGUUAGAGCUUAUGGAGGAGUAGCUGCAGAAUGCUUGAGAAACGCUUCAACAUGUCUCAUAAAGUCUAAAGUUCCGAUGGGCUUGGAGGUUCCUUUUGACCUGUUAGGGGUUUUAUACCAUCAGCUCCAGUCUUUCCAAGCAGAGGACAUCAAGCAGGAUUAUGAUACCGGAAAAGAUGGAGUCACCAUGGUCACUUUCAAAGUUGACUUUGACCGUGUACAAGGUUUAGAGGAAGCUAUUAAGGCCAACUGCAGCCGUGACAUUGUAUUCUACAAACGCUAAAAUUUUGCCAUAUCAGUUUGUUUGAUUGGUUCGGUUCCAUCUUGCUGGAACUUAUGGAGAUCUUAAAUACCUUCUUCUCCAGAAGCAAGCUGCUCGUCAAGAUGGAUAAUAACAUUCACUCUUUUCCGAUAGGUUCAAAGCAUUGCUCUUGUUCACUCCAAAGUCUGAGCUAACAGUUUAGUGAGUGGAUUAGCUUCUUUACCUGAUUGAUACACUCUAGCUGGAAGUAGAUUGCACUUUCCGCCCGUCUCCUUUUUUUGGCUUCGUUCUGUGAUUGGGAGUCACUAUAGGAAGGACCUUGAAAGCUGAGAGGUGGAUUGUCCUCAUUUGCUUUCAUGUUUAUACAACUUCCAGAAAUUUAUACUUGUACAUCUACUAAUACUUGUGUUUUCAGUUCUUAUGAAUAAGAAAUGGAUGUCUAUACAGUUUA